AUGUCUACCUUGAACCUUGACACAGACACUUCUUUCACACCAGCUCACCUUACCUUGUUCUUGAAAUGUGGAAAGUCAACGAUUGUACUGUCCGUACUUCCCUCACAGUCUCUCACAGAAGUAAAAUCUUCACUACUUUCCAUCUUGGAGUCCCUCAACACCACCAACUUCCCUGGCACAACGACACCACUGCCAUCCGAUCCCGAAGAUCUCGAGCUAGGUAUCACGAAAGAGCGUCGGACCGGUCGAGACGCAUCGAAAGGAUGGAUCAACGUCGAAGACGCCUCGAGUCUUGUGGCAGCCUCGAAUGCAAAAGCUGGCAAGAGGAAAACCACACCAGCCGCAAGUGGCCCAAUCGAAACGAUUGGCGAUCUAGAACUGAGAGACGGAAGUUAUAUCGCUUACAGGCUGAGAAGAACUGUGGAUGAUUUGAUGGACGAGGACGUUGAGGAGGAGCCUGCUUGGAAUGUGGUUGUACCGAGCUACGACGAUGAGGAGAUGGAGGUCGAUGGAGCUGUUCCUCCUGCGGACGGGCGCAUGGAGGAUGAGGACGAUGAGGAGGACAUCCCCGUACCGGUUCCGAGAAACAAUUUGGCAAGAUGA